GAUCAGGACUGGCCAAGGUGGAACAUUUUUUUCUUUGUGCGCGUCUUGUUUUUCCCUCGAUUUCGAUUACUUAACUAAGCCGAAGCCUCGACGACGUGUCCGGCAUCAGCCACUCAUACAUCAGUCUUCAAGUCUCAGCACUCGUUGAAGUUUUGUAACCUGCUUUAGCCUAGCCUAGCUGGUCAAUCGCAAACAAAGCUGCAAGACACGUCGUCAAGCCUUCAGAAUUAAAUAAGGAAAAUGUCCGGGAGAACGACACUGACUCCACCUUGUGGAGUAAAAGAGGAGCCCCCCAUGUCAUCAACACUCGAAUGUGUACAAGAUGCCAGCCAAGCUCAUCUUCCUGAGCACCAGGAGUCUGCAUGCUUCGAGGAGGAGGAAGAAGCGUCAUCAUGCAUCAAGGAGGAGGAGAAAGAGUUCAUACACCUUCAAGGUUUCAGAAAAUAUUUUGUUGUUGAGCGGCAGGAGCCACAAUAUCCUGGCAUUUUAGAGAAUGUUGAGCUCCCCCAAGUCAAAGAGGAGGAACCAGAGCCCUGUCAACAGAAGGAGAGAGAAGAGCAACUUCCAAUCAAAAAGGAGGAAGAAGAGCUGCCAUACGUUAAAGAAGAGGAAGGUAUCACCUGGUGGACCGGUAAGCCCUUGAAGAGUGAAGAUGGUCCGAGUGAGGCCAGCAGAGGGGCUGAGCCUCCGAGUGGCAGCAGCAGCUCAACGGAAGAAUUGCAAGUGGGCAGUUUCAUCGCUCCACUAUCUGAUAGCGAAGACGCCACGUCACUCUCGCCUUACAGUGAUGAUGGUCAUAAACAUGAUCACAAUGAUGAAAAACGAUGCAUCUGCCCUCUGUGUGGGAAAACCUUUGCUAAUAAGUAUAAUUGUCGAACGCAUAUGAGGAGGCACACUGGCGAAAAACCUUUUGUCUGCUCAGUUUGUGGAAAAAGUUUUGUUCAGACGGGAGACUUAACAAAACACACAAGAACCCACACUGGUGAAAAACCUUUUGUCUGCUCAGUUUGUGGCCAAAGAUUCGCUCAGAGGCAACACGUGGAGCAACACACAAGAACCCACACUGGCGAAAAACCAUUUUCCUGCUUAGUUUGUGGUAAAGGAUGCAAUCGUAAGGAACAAUUGAAACAACACACAAGAGCCCACACUGGUGAAAAACCUUUUUCCUGCUCAGUGUGUGGUCAAGGAUACAGUUGCAAGAGCUCCUUAAAAAUACACGAAAGAACCCAUUCUGGCGAAAAACCUUUUUCCUGCUCAGUUUGUGGUGAAAGAUUCGUUCGAAAGCGACAAUUGAACUUGCACACAAGAAACCAUACUGGCGAAAAGCCUUUUUCCUGCUCAGUUUGUGGUAAAAGAUUCCCUGAAAAGCAACAAUUAAAACAACACACAAGAACCCAUACGGGCGAAAAACCUUUUUCUUGCUCAGUUUGUGGUCAAAGAUUCAGUUGCAAUUUCACCUUACAAACACACUUAAGAGCCCACACCGGAGAAAAGCCUUUUUCCUGCUCAGUUUGUGGUCAAAGAUUCACUAAAAAGGAAAACUGGAAAAUACACACAAGAACCCACACUGGUGAAAAACCUUUUUCAUGCUCAGUUUGUGGUCAAAGAUUCCAUUGCAAGAGCAGUUUAAACAAACACGCAACGACCCACACUGGUGAAAAACCUUUUUCCUGUUCAGUUUGUGGAAAAAGAUUUGCUCAGAUGGGAGACUUAACAAAACACACAAGAACCCACACUGGCGAAAAACCUUUUUCUUGCUCAGUUUGUGGUGAAAGAUUCCGUUUCAAGUGCAGCAUAAACAAACACACAAGGACUCACAGUGACGAAAAACAUUUUUCCUGCUCAGUUUGUGGAAAAACAUUCAUUGAAAUGCAAACCUUAAAAAGACACAGAAGAACCCACAUCUGAGAAACCUUUUCCUGCUCAGUUUGUGGUCAAAGAUUCAGUUGUUAGAGCUCCUUAACCUAUGUCUUGUGUUAGCUUUCUGUUGCUUUCCCCGGUGUUCGGGUCGUUUUUGACCCGUGUUUUCAAUCUGCCAUAGAAUACAAUCGAAAAAGAAAUAUUCAUGAUCCAAUGUGUUUCUUCUUUCUUGGUUACGUUUUUAGGUUUCCUUAUCCAUGAAAAAUUGGUUGAAAUAUUCUUCUUGUAACCAUUGAGGGAAUCUCUUUUGACAGAAUACUCAUUUUCAAUAUAAAAAAAAUGCCUCCCAUAAAUCUCAAGAAAAUUACAAAAAUAAUUAAAUUGUUGCCACGCUACCAGACUAUUCCUGAGAGAUGAUGGAACAUAUUGGUUAAAUGUUCAUAGUUGUAUAUAUUUUUAUUCUAAUACUAAUAAAUAUAGUAACAUACAGUGGGGAGAACAAGUAUUUGACACACUGUCGAUUUUGCUGGUUUUCCCACUUGCAUAGCAUGUAAAGGGUCUGUAAUUUGUAUCAUAAGUUCUCUUCAACUGUGAGGGAUGGAAUCUAAUACAAAAAAACAGAAAAUCACGUAUGAUUUUUAAAUAAUAAAUUUGCAUUUAAUUGCAUGAAAUAAGUAUUUGAUACAUCACAAAAAUCAAACUUAAACAGAAACCUUUGUUUGCUAUUGCAGAUACCAAAUGUUUCCUGUAGUCCCUGACAAGGUUUGCACACACUGCAGCAGGGAUUUUUGCCCACUCCACCAUGCAGAUCUUCUCCAGAGCCUUCAGGUUUCGGGGCUGCUGCCGGGCAACACGGACUUUCAGCUCCCUCCAUAGAUUUUCUAUCGGGUUCAGAUCUGGUGACUGGCUAGGCCACUCCAGGACCUUAAGAUGCUUCUUACGGAGCCACUCUUUAGUUGCCUUGGCUGUGUGCUUUGGGUCGUUGUCAUGCUGGAAGACCCAGCCACGACCCAUCUUCAGGGCUCUCACUGAAGGAAGGAGGUUAUCAGCCAAGAUCUGGCGAUACAUAGCCCCAUCCAUCCUCCCCUCAAUACGGUGCAAUCGUCCAGUACUCUUGGCAGAGAAGCAGGCCCCAAAAAAAUGAUGUUUCCUCCUCCAUGUUUCACGGUUGGGAUGGUGUUCUUGGGGUUGUACUCAUCCUUCUUUUUCCUCGAAACACAACGAGCCGAGUUUAGACCAAAAAGUUCAAUUUUGGUCUCAUCCGACCACAUGACCUUCUCCCAUUGCUCUUCUGGAUCAUCCAGAUGGUCAGUGGCAAACUUCAGACGUGACUGGACAUGCACUGGCUUCUAUGACGGCGUAAUGUGUUUCCGAUGGUUUUCUUCGAGACUGGUUCCAGCUCUCUUCAGGUCAUUGACAAGGUCCUGCCGUGUAGUUCUGGGCUGAUCCCUCAGCUUCCUCAUGAUCAGUGAUGCCCCACGAGGUGAAAUCUUGCAUGGAGCCCCAGAACGAGGCAGAUUGAGCGUCAACUUGAACUUCUUCCAUUUUCUAAUAAUCGCUCCAACAGUUGUUACCUUCUCACCAAGCUGCUUGCUUAUUUUCCUGUAGCCCAUCCCAGCCUUGUGCAGGUCUAUUAUUUUAUCCCUGAUGUCCUUACACAGCUCUUUGGUCUUGGCCAUUAUGGAGAGGUUAGAGUUUGUUUGUUUGAGCAUGUGAACAGGUGUCUUUUAUACAGGUAACAAGUUCAAACAGGUGCAGUUACUUCCGGUAAUGAGUGGAGAACAGGAGGGGUUCUUAAAAAAGAACUAAGAGCCGAAAUAUUUACUAGUUGGUAAUGUAUCAAAUACUUAUUUCAUGCAGUUAAAUACAAAUUUAUUAUUCAAAAAUUAUACAAUGUGAUUUUCUGGAUUUUUGUAUUAGAUUCCGUCCCUCACAGUUGAAGAGAACUUAU